UCGCAAUUUACUCUUUAGAUUCCCAAAAUAUCGUUCUACCCUUAAAUACACAAAAAUAAUUCGAUUUUCGCUCAUGGUCUGCUAUGGAGAAGAAUUGUCAGGAACUCGAGUCCUACUCAGUCCCAAGCUCCUCCAAUUGGUUUUCUUGGAGUAACAUCCACGAAGUGGAGAGAUUCUCAUUGAGAGAGUUUUUCGAUGGGAGUUCAAUCACAAGGUCACCCAGAAUCUAUAAGGAGUACAGGGAUUUCAUAAUUUCGAAGUAUAGAGAGGACCCUUCGAGGAAAUUGACGUUUACCGAGGUUCGAAAGUCAUUGGUAGGAGAUGUUAGCAUUCUCCAUAAAGUAUUUACCUUUUUAGAAAAAUGGGGUCUCAUUAAUUUUGAUGUUAAAAGAAAUAAUGAAGGUGAUAAUUGUAAUGGGAAUGGUAAAACGACUUCCGUUGGGGGUGAGGAGGAGGAGGAGGAGAGUUGGAAGGGGAGGGUGAAACUGGAAGAAGGGGCCCCAUAUGGGGUGAGAGUGGUGGCAGCUCCGAAUUCCAUGAAACCUGUUGCGCAGCUGCCCCCACCGACAUCUGUCAGCGUGGAUGGUGGUAGAGGGAUCGGGGAGGUUGGGCAUAAUGGAUUCAAGUGGCCACCAUUGGCAUCUUACUCAGAUGUUUUUGCGGAUUUGGCACAGCAGGAGAAGAAGGGCUUGGUGUGUAGGAGUUGUAAAGAGAACUGUGAUUCAAUGCACUACGAAUACACGAAGGAGGGGAGCUUUAUUCUUUGUGAAAAGUGCUUCAAAAGUGGUAAUUAUGAGGAGAACAAUUCAGCAGAUGAUUUCAAAUUAAUAAACAGUGGGAAUCAAAACAAUGUCUGGACAGAAGCAGAAACUUUACACCUUUUGGAAUCUGUUUUGAAACAUGGAGAUGACUGGGAUCUUGUUGCUCAGGAUGUUCAGACGAAAAGUAAAAUGGAUUGUAUAUCAAAACUAAUGGAGCUUCCUUUUGGAGAUCGCAUGUUGGGUUCAGCCCAGAGGAAGAGGAAAUUUUUGGAUUUAACUGGUGAUGUAAGUAAUUUGAAACAGGGAAAGCUUGCUUUUAAGGAAUCUCAAGAAUCUGCAAAAGUAGAGGACCCAAGCCACGAGCUUAAGGAUGAGGGCCAGCAGAAUGGAUAUACCGACACGGAAGGUCAACCUCUGAAAAGAAUACGCAUGGAACCAACUUCAAAUACCACUUAUUUGAUGAACCAGGUUGCUCGCAUAUCUACCGCAGUUGGGCCUCAUGUCACAGCUUCUGCAGCUGAGGCAGCUGUUACAGCUCUUUGUUAUGAAAACCAGUGUUCCAGGGAAGUAUUUGAUGAGGAUAAUAUUUUUGUUGAUCUUAAAGCUUCAGCUGAAAAUAUUGAGCAAAAGAGAGCAGCUCAGGGUAAUCUUUUAGAUGGAGAUGAAGGGCCCAAACAAUCUGAAAUUCAAGGCCCAUCAUCUGAGAAGGAUACAAUACAAAUAAACUUAAGAAUGAGAGCUGCCACCGCAACAGCCCUUGGUGCUGCUGCUGCUCAUGCCAAAUAUUUGGCUGAUCAAGAAGAGAGAAGGAUGGAACAAUUGAUGGCUAUCAUGAUUGAAACUCAGAUGAAGAAAUUGAAACGCAAGAUGAAGUAUUUUGAUGAACUGGAAUUGAUUAUGGAAAAAGAAAAUGCCCACAUCGAGGAACUGGAGGAAUCUCUGGUAGCAGAUCGACUAAAUGUCUUGCAAAGGAUAUUCAAUGCGGGAAUAUCCAGAUGGAAGGAUCAUGCCUCGAUGAAAUCGGAGACGGGUUCUGUACAAUGAUAUUAGUAGGGUUGUUGCCUUUUAUUUGAACUUUUGUCAUAGAAGAGGAGAGACUAAGUUAUGUAUUGGUAAUGACACUGUAUAAUGGUGCUAACAUAGGUUGAACUCUUUAAGAUAAUAAAUCCCUUCGCCGUUUUCAAUUCUUCUCUC